AAUCUUUUCUAUUAUUGGAAAGAUCCGUCCGGAAAACCAAACCGUCCACUCAAAAACUUGUUUUGUUACUACCAUUCUUUAUGUUUUGUUGAAUUCUGCUAGGAAUAAUUGGAUAUCCACAAGAUGCAAGUGUCGCAGUACCGAGGGGUGCUGUAUCUGCAGUACUUUCUUCUGUUUGUAGAUCUUUUCAUCAAUGCAUUCUGUGACCUUCUCAGACUUGACAAUGUCACCCAGCUGGUCCUCUUCAUAAUCCAAGACAUUGCUCAGAUCUUUGCAACCAUCGUCAUCUUUCUCAUGUUCUUCAACACCUACGUCUUUCAGGCAGGGCUCGUCGGCUACCUCGUCGUCAAGUUCAAAUUCACCAUCGUAAUCGUCUUUGUCUAUUUCAUGCUUUGUGUGGGACUGCAUGUUUGGACAAUGACACUACGAUGGAACAAUGUGGAUGCGUAUAUCUGGAACAAUGGAUACCAGGCCUUGUAUGUCUUUCAAAGAGUCGGUGCCGUAUUCUACUACUACUACUACAAGCGCACGGCGUUACGGCUUGGAGAUCCUCGAUUCUACCGCGACUCUAGGUGGCUCCGAGAACAGUUUGACAAAGUCAGAUGAGAAAGGACCUAACUCCCCCUCGUCUUCACCCACCAUCUCAGUGUGAUAUAUGUACAGUAUUUAUAACUUUUUGCCACUCAAAUCUUGAUUUGUUUUUGUACUGCGCAAUUGGACUUACAGAUUUUCAUGGAGAGGAAGGAAACCCACCAAGAUACUAUGUUGGUUAUGAUGAAGCACUAAAAAAUUGAGAAAAAUAAUGAAAAGAGUUUGAAGAAGAUCCACCAAAUAAUAACAGAGUUAUAUAUUUGAAAAAAAUUUUUUUGGGAAUGUCACAUCGCAUGCAAGCAGCUUCCCCCAAUGUCUUUGUCGUAUAAAUUCUAUAAAUUCUGAUAUUGUUGAAGAAAAGUUUUGUGUGCAGAGAGAAACUCCACUUUCUGUAUCUGUGACAGCUGAUCCUGAUAGCAUUGGUAGACAGAAAAUAUUGGAUUAGUUCCUGCAAGGACUACACCCAUUGAGAUGUAAAGGCCACCCCACACCGUACGACUUGUCCAUGAUCCCAUUUUGGAGCAAAUCACAUUUUUCUAAUUUUCUGAAAAUGUGAAUUAAAGUUGUGCUUUUAUUUUAGGUGCAAAUUAACUGUAAGAAUACUAAUAUAACAAUUUCGGAUUAUUGCAAGCCUUUAUUUUGAAGUAAAGGCCAACUGAGUUUCAAAUCGAAGCCAAUCGUACGAUAAGUAUGACGUAAUUAUGACUAGAUAUUAAAUUUGCUUUUAUUCUAAUAUGGAUGAUAGCAUAGUCACAUAUUUUGAACAUAGAUAUUCAUGCGAUGAUCUAGAACAUUUAAGAUAUUCCAUGUCUCAACAUUGCCAUCAAAUUUUACAAUUUAUUCCAAAACCGGGUCGCAGAACAAUCGUAAGGUGUGCAGUGGCCUUAAUGCAUUUCAGAGUGGCUUAUGUAAAAAAAUCAUGUUAUUUUGUUGAUUUAAAUGUUUCAUUUAAAUCAUGCAAAAAGUUUGUCUAUCAAAAGAAUAAGUGAUAGAAUAAGUUCAAUAUUUAUACUUUCUCAUAAUUUAGCCCUUUGGAAAAGCCAAGAUGUAUUUUGAAUUUGUUUUUUCACUUAAUUUAUUGCUGUCAUCACCGCAUUGCUUUUCUUCAGAAGUUGUUUUCAAUUGAAAUUUGAAUCCAAAAUUAGCUCUUAUAGAAAAAAAUUAAGCUUUCAGCACAGAUUACAAUUUUGCUAUAACAAGUCCUAGCACACAAAAUGAUCAUAAAAUCAGAUUGCAAAUGCAAUUCAACUUCCCAAUGAUUGUCCAGGAGCUGCUAAUAUUGAUAAGGCGGCAGUAGCAGGAGUACAUCUGGGUCCUGUCUUACAAAGAGUUACGAUUGAUCCGAUCAAUCGUAACUCUAUGGAAAUCCAUCAGAGUCAUAAUUUUUUUGUAGGAAAUUUGCACAAUGUCCUUUGUAAACAGAGAAGCACAGUGAAUUUUCAAGAAAACAAUGAAUGCAUGAAUAUACAUCAUAGUUUGAAAAUAUUUUGAAUAAACAUGAAUAAUACAUGUUGACAUUGCUGGCCAUCCAUAGUUGCGAUUGAUCGGAUCACUCGCAACCAUCUUUGUAAGACGGGGCCCAGAAUGGUAUUGUCAAUAUAUCCCUCUUCCUCAAAAUGACUUCAUCUGAACUGUGUUGUGAUUGAUCCGAUCAACCACAACUAUGGAAAGCCAGCAACAGCAUCAUCUAAAUGGCAUGUGUCUUCAAAAUAUUUCCAGAUGUGAUGAAUAAUCAUACCUUCAUUGUUUUCUUGAAAAUUCAUUUUGCUUCUCUGUUUACAAAGGACGUUAUGCGAAUUUCCUGGAGAAAAAAAUGAUGACAUUAUUGGAUUUCCAGUUUGUUUAAGAUGAUCGGAUCAAUCGUAACUCUUUGUAAGAAGGGACCCUGACUAGUAGGAGGAAUCCCUGACAAACUGAGGAGAUACUGACGAGGGGUCCGUUGCCGAGAGAGUUGCAUUUAAACGCAAGUAAAAAAAUCAGUCGCAAGUCCCAGAUACGCGCUGUUGAUUGGUUGAAAAUCAAGUUGCACAUGAUUUUAAGACUUGUGAUUGAUUGCAACUCUUUCUGCAACGGGCCCGAGGGGGAUUACUGGCAAGAACGUAACAAGUCCAGGAAGGAGGUCCCUUCCAAAGCCAUUCAUCGAAGAUUAAGGUGUAAAUUAUACAUAGAAGAGAAGAAAUUGAGCGAGGCCUUGUCAAACAAUUACAAAAAGAGUGAACUUUAGGACAAAUAUACUUAUACUGUAAUAAACACAGCAUUUAUUAUGAGCCAUCUAUCUGGUGGACUGUUCCGAGGUGCAGAUCAGUUCACGUAUGCUUCAAUCUAUGUUAUAAUAAUCACAAUGUGUUAAUCACAAUUAAGAUAGAAGAGUUUAUGCCAAUCAGUUUCAUUAAUAAUGAAACUGAUUGGCAUAAGGUUUCUGUAUGAUCUGGUAAAGAGCCAAGUUUUGGUAUCAAUCUAAAAGGCAUCUGAAAAAACAGAAAUGCAGUUAUGACACCAAUAAUUAAAGCAUAAAGAUAUAAAUACUAGUACGUGAAAAGAGUAUGACUGUUGACAUUAUUGUAUAACUCAUUUUGUGAAAGGCAAACAUGAAGAUAAAAUUCCAGUUGUGGUAACGAUCUCAAAAUGAGUUCAAUCAGAAUCCAAUUACCACCAAAGUGUUUGGAUGUAAAUAUGUGCCAAAUAGCUCUGGAAGAAAAUGCGUAAUUGUUGAGAAAUGAGCAAAGUAAGCACGAAAGUCCAUCAAGUGUCGGGUAUUUUUCGAAGCAAUAUCAAUACACUGUCCCACAUAUGCUUUUCUGUGUUAGUGAUCAUCAGAAUUAUCAAUUUUGAGCUAAGAUUUCAUGAUUUUACAAAGAUAAAUUUACAUUAAUGUAUCAGAUCUAGAUGUAUGAUAAUAUUUUGAGAAUUAACCUUGAUUCAAAAGACUUUCCCAUGAAAUAAUUGUUUGCUGCAACUACUGCCUUUACCUUUAAAAUGAAACUUUAAACCGCUAUUUCACAUGAUCUUUUAGCCUGUUCUCUUGUCCUUCCUGAUGUGUCAAAUCAUGUGUUGACUGUCCAUGUAAAUUAACCUUUUACAUUCCCUGAAAAUGUCAAGUUUUACAAUUUAUAUAAUAUAUGUGGGAGAACUGCUUCCAUAUGCCCUAUAUUCUUUUUAAAAGAUCAUAAAUCUGUUUAAUUCAUUGGUAUAUGUGGGAGAGCUGCUUGCAUGUGCCGUAUAUUCGUUUUAUAAGAUCGUAAAUCUGUUAUUACUUGGUAUAUUUUUGUCAAAAGUUCAUUAAAAUUUUCCUGUUUAUUUUCUGGCUUUAUUUGAGCCAACUUGAUGCCAGGAUGAACUGUAUAUUUUAAGUUGGACUUACUUAUGAAAAGUUGUACUUAAGUCAAGAAAGGGUAUAAUCAAGACUUCUGGUAUCGUCCAGCACCAAAGAAUAUUCAUGAUGGUGAAAAUAGUCAAAUUGACUAGUUGCCAAGUAAUAAUAAGACCCCCCAAUUAAGAAAGUUUGUUUCAUUUUCCAGGGACAGCCAUUUUAUUCACCUUCAUUUAUCUUUUCACCUUGACACAAACAGAAGUAUUCUUUUAUGUAUGAUUGGACGUACGUUUAUUUAAUUGUAAUUUUUGAAAUGGAGCAUUAUUGCAUGGUAUUUAUUGAUAGGAGAAGUUUGUACAUGUGAACAUGAUCAGUCGGUGAAUUGAUUUUGUAUUUAAAAAUGAUUGUAGAAAUUGAGAAAUUGAUGAAUAUUCAAGUGUAGGCACUGAUACCAUUAAAGUUCGAAAUUGUUCUAGAAUCAUAA